ACAUCUUGAACUUCUCUACAAUACCUGAUGAAGGCAGGGGAAUGUUCUUUGGAAGUGCAUAUUUCAGUUUAUACACUCGAUGUUCCAGAGGACGGUGGCCCUAUAAACAGUUCUUAUUACAACGCUAACAACAACUUAAAAGUUAUCACACACGGCUGGAUUUCGAGUGAUAAAACAGAAUGGCUUCAGAAUAUCAGGGAUAACUAUCUGCAGACACACGAUUAUAACGUCAUUACAGUAGACUGGAGCGAAAUCGCUGCAAACCCCAGUUACGUGUGGCCUGCACUUAGCACCAGAUACGUGGGUAAACGAGUCGCUAAAUUACUGGACUCAAUUAAGAAAACUUACAACGUAACGGGCAGAAAUAUGCACUUAAUCGGACAUAGUUUGGGGGCACAAGUUAUGGGCUACGCAGGAAUGUUCUCAGAGCAACCAAUAAGCAGGGUGACAGGACUGGAUCCUGCACGACCGCUUUUCGAGUUUCCGUACAUGCCAUCAAGUUGUCGUUUAGAAAAAAGCGACGCAGAGUUCGUAGAUAUUAUUCACACAUGCGGAGGAGUGUACGGCUACCGAAUGAGUCACGGACACGCUGACUUUUAUCCAAAUGGCGGUCGCCCUGCGCAACCUGGAUGUGAUGGACCUCGGCCAAUGAUUCAAGGCUGUAGUCAUGGGAAGGCAUGUGAAUAUUACGGAGAAUCUAUAGUGGCAAACAGAUUCACUGCAUAUCCUUGCGACAGUUACAAGAACUUUCAGGAAGGCAAAUGCAAAAAUGGCUCUACCAAAAUGGGAGAUCCGGCCUCUCCAGAAAGCCGAGGCGAUUAUUACCUGCACACGGAGGACAGCCAGGAAAACGAACAAAACGAUGAAAAUUGCAACUAA